AUGGGGAAAAUUCGGCACACUAAGUGGAAUGUUCUCGUUGAUGAGGAAGCAGGCACCAUGAAUGAGGAAGACAUGGAGGAUUCGUCUGCUAAUGAGGAUUUACGUCGCCGAUCUGGAGAUGAUCGACGAAAUCAUAGAUCUGAUUCAUCCGCUUUGGAUUCAAAGCAAAUCGAAGAAAUAUUGCAGCUGCACAAUGCGGAUCAUCCAGGAAUGCAGCUGGUUUCUGCUCAACUCACAGGUAAUAACUUCCUCAACUGGAGUCGUUCUGUGAAACGUGCUUUAGGAGCUAAAAGCAAGCUAGAACUACUUGAUGGCACAUUACCAGAGCCCGAUUUUGCAUCUCCUUAUUAUAAAGCAUGGAUUAAGGCUGAUUAUAUGAUCUCUUCAUGGAUUAUAAACUCUAUUUCGAAGGACUUGGUGAAUGCGUUUGUACAUAUUGAUAAUACACAGAAGCUUUGGGAUGCACUGAAUCAGAGGUUUGGGCGAAGCAAUGGUCCUAAGAUCUAUAGGCUUCAGAGGGAGAUAGGCAAGUAUACUCAAGGAAACCAGAGUGUACUCGUGUAUUUCAACAAUCUAACUGCAUUGUGGGAUGAGUACUUAGACAUGUUGCUGCCACCACUAACCUGUGUAUGUGGAACUAGAGCUGCAGGGGUUAGCAGGGAAGAAAAUCAAAGGCUGAUGCAGUUUUUGCUAGGGCUUAAUGACUCUUUUGAGAGUGCACGCAGCCAAAUCCUAUUUCUGGAUCCGUUGCCUAGUGUUAAUAGAGCGUACUCAAUGGUAUUACAGAUUGAGGAUCAAAAAAUGACUACAGAAAAUUUUGGAGAAACACAUGCGAUGCAAGCUAUUGCAUUAGCAAAGCAGAUGACUUUUAAAGGGAAGGACUCUGCAUCAUAUGGAAAGCAGCAACAAAACUUUAAGAUGAGGAAAACAAAGGAAGAGCGACAGAAGUUAUACUGUUCUCACUGUGAUAGACAUGGGCAUGAAGAGGCAGAGUGCUUCAAGAUACAUGGAUUUCCAGAUUGGUAUAAGAAGUUAAAGGAGGGAAGAGCUAAGGCAAAGGUGAAUUAUGCUGAGGCAGUAUUUGAUGGAGAGUCUGGGAAGUCAUCUAAUCUAUAUAAUAUAUAA